AACAACUGGGGUUUGGCCAGCUGUGCCUUGUUCUGAAGUAAUUCUGAAGAGUGCUUAAUUAAUUUCUUCCUCAUGUAUAGUAAGGAAGAAUCUGUUAAGCUCAGGAGGGAUAGCGCCAUGGAAACAAUUAAACGAUCUUCAAUCGAUCCCCACUUGAUUUUUGAUCGUCCAUGAUGGCGCUAUCCAUCCUGAGUUUCAUAGCUUCUUCUUGCUCCUCCCCUGUUUCUCUUCUACAGAGAAAAAUGCAGAGUCAUGUCUAUGUUUUAGCUCCUCAUUUCUGAACCCCAUCUUUCUUUGUAGUUGAUCUUUUUCAUGUUAUGAGUUCCUCUAUUUCUGUACAGAAUACUGAUGCUUCUUUUUCUUUUUCUUUUUCUUUUUUUUCUUUGAGUUUUACUAGCCUUGGAUAAUAUCAAAUUAAAUGUUUCAAGUUUACAUAUGACUGAAAUCCAGGAUGCUUGUGCACUGGAGGAGGUAUGAUUAGCCAUGGAGGCAUACAAGGACUUAUCCGGAAGGUUAGGAGCAGAUGAUGUUGACUUCAAUUCCCAAAACGUUGUCCAAUUAGCAGGCCCUCAUUAUUUUCCCUUUUUUCAAUUGAAUGUGUAAAAAUUCAAAGGAAAAAGGCAAAUGCAUUACGCAGUUUAUGUACUGACAAGAGAGCGUGGCUGUGGCAGGCAUUCCAGGCGGCUUAAAUUUUGUUUAAUCUGCAUUAGAUUUGGAUUAACUGAAAUAGAUAGAAAGGGAGGGA